UUUGUCUCUCUCCACUUCGGAUAUUUCCGUGUGUCGCUCGGAGGAGCUCGGCAACCACUCGGCCUCCCCCCAUCCCCCGGUAACGGUCGCUGGUGAGUUUAAAUGAGCCGGGGCUGGCCGGGCCGGAGUCGCUACGGGGGGGGCCUGAGGCACUGCAGAAAGUGGGCCUGAGCCUCAAGGAUGACGGUGCUGCAGGAACCUGUCCAGGCUGCUAUAUGGCAAGCACUAAACCACUAUGCUUACCGAGACGCAGUUUUCCUCGCAGAACGACUGUAUGCAGAAGUACACUCAGAAGAAGCCUUGUUUUUACUGGCGACCUGUUACUACCGCUCAGGAAAGGCAUAUAAAGCAUAUAGGCUAUUGAAAGGACACAGUUGUACCACCCCACAGUGUAAAUAUCUGCUUGCAAAGUGUUGUGUUGACCUCAGCAAGCUUGCAGAAGGGGAACAAAUCUUAUCUGGUGGAGUGUUUAAUAAGCAAAAAAGCCAUGACGAUAUUGUCACUGAGUUUGGUGAUUCAGCUUGCUUUACUCUUUCAUUGUUGGGACAUGUAUAUUGCAAGACAGAUCGGCUUGCCAAAGGAUCAGAAUGUUACCAAAAGAGCCUUAGUUUAAAUCCUUUUCUCUGGUCUCCCUUUGAAUCAUUAUGUGAAAUAGGUGAAAAGCCAGAUCCAGACCAAACAUUUAAAUUAACAUCUCUACAGAAUUUUAGCAGCUGUCUGCCCAACACUUGUACAACUCUAGUAUCUAAUCACAAUUUAUCUCAUAGACAGCCAGAGACAGUCCUUACAGAAACACCCCAGGAUACAAUUGAAUUAAACAGACUGAACUUAGAAUCUUCCAAUUCAAAGUACUCCUUGAAUACAGAUUCCUCCGUGUCUUACAUUGACUCAGCUGUCAUUUCACCAGAUAAUGUCCCUCUUGGGACGGGUACUUCCAUACUAUCUAAACAGGUCCAAAAUAAGCCAAAAACUGGUCGAAGUCUAUUAGGAGGACCAACUGCUCUUAGCCCACUAACCCCAAGUUUUGGGAUUUUGCCAUUAGAAACCCCAAGUCCUGGAGAUGGAUCCUAUUUACAAAACUACACUAAUACACCUUCUGUAAUUGACGUGCCAUCCACCGGAGCCCCUACAAAAAAGACUUUUUGUGUUUUACAGUCUGUUGCCAGAAUGGGCCAAACUGGAACAAAGUCUGUCUUCUCACAGAGUGGAAAUAGUCGAGAGGUCACUCCAGUUCUUGUUGCACAAACACAAAGUUCUGGCCCACAAACAAGUACAACACCUCAGGUAUUGAGCCCCACUAUUACAUCUCCCCCAAAUGCAUUGCCUCGAAGAAGUUCCCGCCUUUUCACUAGUGACAGUUCUACAACCAAGGAGAAUAGCAAAAAGUUAAAAAUGAAGUUUCCACCUAAAAUCCCAAACAGAAAAACUAAAACUAAAACUAAUAAAGGAGGAAUAACUCAACCCAACAUAAAUGAUAGUCUGGAAAUUACAAAAUUGGACUCUUCUAUCAUUUCAGAAGGGAAACUAUCCACAGUCACACCUCAGAUCCAGGCCUUUAACCUACAAAAGGCAGCCGCAGAAGGUUUGAUGAGCCUUCUUCGUGAAAUGGGAAAAGGUUAUUUAGCUUUGUGUUCAUACAACUGCAAAGAAGCUAUAAAUAUUUUGAGCCACUUACCUUCUCACCACUACAGUACUGGUUGGGUAUUGUGCCAAAUUGGACGGGCUUAUUUUGAACUUUCAGAAUACAUGCAGGCUGAAAGAAUAUUCUCAGAAGUGAGAAGGAUUGAGAAUUACAGAGUUGAAGGUAUGGAAAUCUACUCUACAACACUUUGGCAUCUUCAGAAGGAUGUUGCUCUUUCAGUUCUUUCAAAAGAUUUAACGGACAUGGAUAAGAAUUCACCAGAGGCCUGGUGUGCUGCGGGGAACUGUUUCAGUCUGCAACGAGAACAUGAUAUUGCAAUUAAAUUCUUCCAAAGAGCUAUCCAGGUUGAUCCAAAUUAUGCUUAUGCCUAUACUCUAUUAGGACAUGAGUUUGUGUUAACUGAAGAACUAGACAAAGCAUUAGCAUGUUUUCGAAAUGCUAUAAGAGUAAAUCCUAGACAUUAUAAUGCUUGGUAUGGUUUAGGAAUGAUUUAUUACAAGCAAGAGAAAUUCAGCCUUGCAGAAAUGCAUUUCCAGAAAGCACUUGAUAUCAACCCUCAGAGCUCAGUUUUACUUUGCCACAUUGGAGUGGUUCAGCAUGCGCUCAAAAAAUCUGAGAAGGCUUUGGAUACUCUAAACAAAGCCAUUGUUAUCGACCCUAAGAACCCUCUAUGCAAAUUUCACAGAGCCUCAGUUUUAUUUGCAAAUGAAAAAUACAAGUCCGCUUUACAAGAACUUGAAGAACUGAAACAGAUUGUCCCCAAAGAAUCUCUCGUUUACUUCUUAAUAGGAAAGGUUUACAAGAAGUUGGGUCAAACUCAUCUCGCCUUGAUGAAUUUCUCUUGGGCUAUGGAUUUAGAUCCUAAAGGAGCCAAUAAUCAGAUUAAAGAAGCAAUUGACAAGCGUUACCUACCAGAUGAUGAGGAACCAAUAACCCAAGAGGAACAGAUCAUGGGAACAGAUGAAUCCCAAGAGAGCAGCAUGACCGAUGCAGACGACACACAGCUUCAUGCAGCGGAAAGUGAUGAAUUCUAACCUCUGAAAAUGAGACUUUGACAGUUGGAUGGGUGGCUAGUGCUGACAUGUUCCUUGUCCCUCCAUACACUGAGUUGCGACUCUUGAGCCGGCAUUGUCACCAUUCGUCACUUAGACCAUGCGUGUGCCACUUUCAUUGGACCCUGACUGUGCGCGGAGUGAAAGGCAGUGCAGUCUUCAGCUGCUAACAGGACUGGCUCUAUUACCAGUAUGAAUGACAAUUGGGGGGAAGGGUGGGGAACUUUCUUUUUUUCUUAAACCUCCUUAGUUGGGAAGCUAUCAUGGAAGGAAGAGUUAUGUUUUAUCUUGAAGGAACCAUUAGAUAUGGAAAUGAUGGUGAACCAGAAUUUCCUGGUCAUUUUUUCCAAAAUUCUGUUUUUUAUUUGGUUCUGUUCCUGAUAAACAGUGACUGACCUUCAUAUCUAGGUUCUGGGAGAAUGGUGUUAGCAAGUGCCAGAUGGAACAAUAAAAGACAUUGCCUAUAACAGAGUAAUGUUCAUUGCCAAGGGACAUAGCUUACCUGAAGCCUGCAGUGUCUCCUACA